GCAAAUUCAAAGAGGAUUCUUGUGAGAUUCACUAUUCGUGGCUUGUUGUUGUCUGCAAUUGGGCGGCGGAAUACAUCAGAGUGUACGGUAUAAGCCGCGGCCGUGGAGGGUGAAUUUGGUUGAUAUACGCUCGGAAAUGCAUUUUGGGACACAUCUGCUUGGAGGAACGGCCACAGCAUUGUCGCGGGCGGCUCGGCGGAGCUCCGAGUCAACCCGCGACUAUGAUUAUUGCGAAUGCGGCGCGGAGGAUUGGGACUUCUUUUUUUUGGGUUCGGAGGGAAGAGAGGCCAACGGGCGAAGGAAGAAAAAUAAUAGUAAGGAAAGAAACGUUGGAUUGCAUACAUUACCUGACUGGUCACUGGCUGAGACGUAGGAG